AAAAAAAAGAGAGAGAGAGAGAGAGAUGGGGAUACAGCCAGGUGUUGUGUGCUCAGAGCAGAGAGAGAGGCCAGAUGGCCAUUUCCUGUUCACGGGAGCCUGGUGCCUCCCGGGCCAGCCAGAGCCACUUCCUCUGGACUGGGCCACAGGACUUCAGCAAUAAUUCAGGGGCUCCUGCUCUUUGGGACCUGUUGCCAGGAAACAGGGAGACAGGCACGUGCAUCCCUGGGGGGGAGGAAUCAGUUUCCAGCCCAGACAAACCAGUGAAACGUAAGCCCAGGAUGCCGACCAGGAGCUGGGGACCUUCCCACUCUGACUCACAGAGGCUGAGGGUGCAGCCGGCUGCUCUCCCAGGGGUCUCUGGUGUGGAUCCUAGAUCAAGGGCUUUGUGUAUAAAGAGGAUUUUCCUGGAACCAUUCCAAGAGAUUGCAACCUCAAGUACUCCAAGCCCAGGAAGCAAUUCUCUCUCUCUCUCUCUCUCUCUCUCUCUUCAUUAUUCCUGGCCAAUAUGGGUCAAGACAGGGACUGAGGCGGCAGAAGCUGCCCUGUCCUGUCUCCAGCUCAACUCCUCUGGAUCAGGUUCACCUGCUGGGCACUGUGCCAGCUGAGAAGGCUGGUGCAUCUUUAAUGAAGCCACCUGAUCCCUGGGACAGGCUCUUGGCCUCACCGAGUUUCUGGAGCCAGAUCCACUGGUGCCCACUGAGCCACCGCCUUCCUGUGCCUGGCCACCAGGCCCCUUGUGCCUGCAGCCAUGAACCAGGCCUUCUGGAAAACCUACAAGUCCAAAGUGUUGCAGACUCUCAGUGGGGAAUCCCAGGAGGACCUGGCAGAAGAGAGGCAGAACCCAGCAAUAGUGGAGUCUGAGCAGGCAGAACCGAGUGAGGAGGCCUUCAACGCCAUGUCACAGCUGGCUCGCCGGGUCCAGGGGGUGGGGGUGAAAGGCUGGCUGACCAUGUCAUCUCUGUUUAACAAAGAAGACGAGGACAAGCUGCUGCCACCGGAGCCCAGUGCCGACCACCCCCUGGCGGCGCGGGCCCCCUCGCAGGCGGCGGCGGAGCCGCGCGGGCCGGGAUUCUGGGACGCGUUCGCCAGCAGGUGGCAGCAGCAGCAGGCGGCCGCGGCGUCCAUGCUGCGCGGCGCCGAACCCACCCCGGAGCCGGAGCCCGAACCCGGGGACGAGGCGACGGAGGAAGCCGUCGAGCGCCCCGAGCCGCAAGAGGCCGACCCCGCGGCCGGCUUCAAGUGGGGCUUUCUCACCCACAAGCUGGCCGAGAUGAGGGUGAAGGCCGCGCCCAAGGGCGACUAGCCGGCCUGCCGGGCCCCUGCUCCUCCCCCAGAGCCCAUAAAAACCCCUGGCCCAACGCUCCGCGUGACCGCGUGCUUUUGUCCGGGCAUCCAGAAAGGCUACUUUGGGGUGGGCGAGCUCACGCAGGGUCAAACUGGAGAGGUCCUCGCCUCCUGAAUUCCCGAGAAUAAGCAGAGACCGCGGGGUAUCUGGGUGGAUGAAUUAGGGUACAGCCCUCCAGGAAGCUGGGGAGCCCGCGAGGGACAGCCUCACCGCCUGUCCAGGCUCACCGAAUUCCACCCACGUCGCCUGCGGCCCCACUG